ACCGAAUUUCUCUUCUCUAUCCAUCUGGAUUUGCGGAGUAAGGUAGUAUCCGGGUCUAGUUCAGACCGUGACAGUGAAGAAAAGGUCACCUCGGCCGCCGCCGACAUAGAUGGCAGGGGUGCUUCGAGCUAAAAGCAAUGACGCACCUGUUCACAAAACCUCCGCAACUUCUGCCGCGCGCCAUAACGUCUAUAUCAUAGUCCAAUUGCGAAACUAAUAUCUGCCCUGUACUGAUCUCAAAAAACCUCCAACGCAGCGUCUCCAGCACAAUGACCACCGCGGUCCUCGCCGGCAGCACCGGCCUCGUCGGCUCCCACAUCCUCACCACCCUCCUCUCUACCCCACAAAUCACCACCACCCACGCCUACACCCGCCGCCCGCUCCCCAACCCCUCCAACUCAAACCUCCACACCAUCCAAUCCUCCGACCCCUCCACCUGGCCCUCCCACUUCCCCGCAAACGCCACCCUCUUCCUCUCCGCCCUCGGCACCACGCGCGCCGCCGCAGGUAGCAUCGCCAACCAGCGCAAAAUCGACCUCGAGCUCAACUACGACCUCGCCAAAGCAGCAAAGGAACACGGCGUCGAGACAUACGUCCUGAUUUCCUCGUCUGGCGCAUCGGCGACGUCGCGGUUCGCGUAUCCGGCUAUGAAGGGCGAGUUGGAGGAGCGGGUCAAGGCGUUGGGGUUUAAGCAUUGUGUUAUUCUAAGACCGGGGCUUAUACUGGGGGAGAGGCAGGAGAGGAGGUGGGCGGAGGGCGUGGCGAGGGGGUUGGCGGGUGUGUUGAAGGGUGUGAGUCCCGGGUUUGUUGAGGGGUGGGCGCAGGAUGCGGGGGUUAUUGCUAGGGCGGCGGUGAGGGCUGGGGUGGAGUGUAUCGAGGGGAGGGGGAAGGAGGGGGUGUGGGAGAUUGGGCAGGGGGAGAUUGUGAGGUUGGGGAGGGAGGAGGGUGGGGAGUAG